AUGCGUAUCGAGAAGUGCUACUUUUGCUCGAAGAGCGUGUAUCCAGGGCACGGUAGCGCCUUUGUACGCAAUGAUGCAAAGGUCUUCCGGUUUUGCACCUCAAAAUGUCGCAAAAAUUUUAACAUGAAGCGCAACCCUAGGAAGGUGCGCUGGACGAAGGCGUUCCGGAAGGCUGCUGGGAAGGAGAUGACGAUUGAUUCAACAAUCGAGUUCGAGAAGCGGAGAAAUGUCCCCGUCCGCUACGAUCGCGAACUGGUUCAGACAACUGUCAAAGCGAUGAAGCGCAUUGCGGAUAUCAAGCAGCGCAGGGAGCACGCGUUCUGGAAGACCAGGAUGGCCGCGAGCAGGGAAAAGCUACGGGCGCACAGAAAGAAGAAGCUGGCCGCGAAGGUUGCAUCGGUCAAGUUGGUCGAGCCUAUUGCGGUGCAGUCAUCAGAGACAGAGAAGAUCCGGGAAAAGAUCAAGGUCUCAACGAAAACGAGAAGCGCGCUGGUGCCGGGCGAGGGUCGGUCAAUGGCGAUGGAGAUCGAUUGA